AGAGACUUGAAACAUCCUGUCACCAGCUUUGGGCCACAGACAGAGAACAGAGAAGUACAGGAUUUAGACACAUCAGACCAACUUCUGCUCAGUCAGUUAGAAAGGUAAUCACACAGUAAGUCAAUACUGUAAGUAAAAGUAAGUUUGAAUCAUAGAUACUACAAUAAGAGGUCAAACAGACUGAAUUAGUUGAUUCAUUGAUUGAUUGGUGUAAUCAUUGAUAUUCGGUACAGUUAGUUAAGAUGGCCAGCUACGUCAACAAACAGGUGAUUGAAUUAAAUGAAGUUACUGAAGAAAACCGGAACAGAGCAACGAGGAGUAUAAAGACUGAAACCCAUCUCUCAGAUGGAAGACUAAGACUCUACAGGAUGGCUGCUGUGUGUUUAGGAGUGCUGUGUGUUCUACAAGUCACUCUCAACAUCUCCCUGAGACUGGCUUUCUCCGGCUCUAACGAAGGGAGAGACCAGUUACAGGAGCGUUACACUACCCUGGCUACAGAACGGGACAUGUUGAGCAACAGGGUCAGUGUUCUGACCAAUGAGAAGGGUGUGCUGCAGAACAGGCUCUCUGGGUGUGGUACUGGAAGAGUGGUGGAAGGGAGAUACAUGGCAGUUCCAACGAGGUGGUCUAUGUUCAGGUGUCCUAAAGGAUGGAGGAUGUUGGGAUCGAGCUGUUACUUCCUUUCUACUGAGACGAAAACCUGGCAGGAGAGCAGACUGGACUGUUUUGAGAGAGGAGCAGACCUGGUGAUCAUAAACAGUGAAGAGGAAAAGAAGUUGUUGUACCAGCUGGAUGGUGAUGCAGAUCUCCUGGUCUGGAUUGGUCUGACUGAUUCCGUUAAUGAGGGGGCCUGGAAAUGGGUGGACGGCACACCACUGACCACAUCGUACUGGAAGAGUGGUCAGCCGGAGCGUGGUGAUACCAACAACAAGGAUUGUGUCGAGGUCUACCAUCGGGACGACGUUUUGGCCAACUGGAACGAUGCACCAUGCGACCGCAUGCUGCACUGGAUCUGUGAGAAAAGACAGAAAUAGCUACACUACCGUUCAAAAGUUUAGGGUAACUUAGAAAUGUCCCUGUUUUUGAAAGAAAAUGAAAUGUUUUGUCUAUGAAAAUGAAAUAAAAUUACCAGUAAUACAGUGUAGACAUUGUUAAUGUUGUAAAUGACUACUGUAGCUGGAAACGGCAGAUUUUUUAUGGAAUAUCUACAGUCGUGGCCAAAAGUUUUGAGAAUGACACAAAUAUUAAUUUUCACAGUUAGCUCCUUCAGUGUCUUUAGAUAUUUUUGUCAGAUGUUACUAUGGAAUACUGAAGUAUAAUCACAAGCAUUUCAUAAGUGUCAAAGGCUUUUAUUGACAAUUCCAUGAAGUUGAUGCAAAAACUCAAUAUUGGCAGUGUUGACCCUUCUUUUUCAAGACCUCUGCAAUCCGCCCUGGCAUGCUGUCAAUUAACUUCUGGGCCACAUCCUAACUGAUGGCAGCCCAUUCUUGCAUAAUCAAUGCUUGGAGUUUGUCAGAAUUUGUGGGUUUUUGUUUGUCCACCCGCCUCUUGAGGAUUGACGACAAGUUCUCAAUGGGAUUAAGGUCUGGGGAGUUUCCUGGCCAUGGACCCAAAAUAUUGAUGUGUUGUUCCCCGAGCCACUUAGUUAUGACUUUUGCCUUAAGGCAAGGUGCUCCAUCAUGCUGGAAAAGGCAUUGUUCGUCACCAAACUGUUCCUGGAUGGUUGGGAGAAGUUGCUUUCAGAGGAUGUGUUGGUACCAUUCUUUAUUCAUGGCUGUGUUCUUAUGCAAAAUUAUGAGUGAGCCCACUCCCUUGGCUGAGAAGCAACCCUACACAUGAAUGGUCUCAGGAUGCUUUACUGUUGGCAUGACACAGAACUGAUGGUAGGGCUCACCUUGUCUUCUCCGGACAAGCUUUUUUCCGGAUGACCCAAACUAUUCGAAAGGGGAUUCGUCAGAGAAAUGACUUUACCCCAGUCCUCAGCAGUCCAAUCCCUGUACCUUUUGCAGAAUAUCAGUCUGUCCCUGAUGUUUUUCCUGGAGAGAAGUGGCUUCUUUGCUGCCCUUCUUGACACCAGGCCAUCCUCCAAAAGUCUUUGCCUCACUGUGCGUGCAGAUGCACUCACACCUGCCUGCUGCCAUUCCUGAGCAAGCUCUGUACUGGUGGUGCCCCGAUCCCACAGCUGAAUCAACUUUAGGAGACGGUCCUGGCGCUUGCUGGACUUUCUUGGGCGACCUGAAGCCUUCUUCACAACAAUUGAACCGCUCUCCUUGAAGUUCUUGAUGAUCCGAUAAAUAGUUAACGCUGUGUACUGCUCCCUUCACAGAACAGUGCUAACUGGCUCUAACCAGAAUAGAAAGAGGAGUGGGAGGCCCCGAUGCACAGCUGUACAUUACAGUACAUUAGAGUGUCUGGUUUGAGAAACAGAUGCCUCACAAGUCCUCAACCUGCAGCUUCAAUAAAUAGUACCUGUAAAACACCAGUCUCAACGUCACCAGCGAAGAGGCGACUCCGGGAUGCUGGCCUUCUGUCAUCAAGGCAAAGGGUGUCUACUUUGAACAAUCUCAAAUAUAAAAUAUAUUUUGAUUUUUUCUUUGCAUGUGUUAUUUAAUGUCUUGAUUGUUAUUCACAAUGUAGAAAAUAGUAAAAAAUAAAGAAAAUCCCUUGAAUGAG